CUUUAAGCUGCAAAACGUUAGCGAUGAGUUAGGUAUUUUGAGAAAUGUAUACAGAAUCAUACGUAUCAAGCUAUUGUAUGCGCCAUCUACUGGCCAUGUCCAUCCAGCCUUUUUCCUUUCCCCUUCCUGAGACUCGCUUCUUCCAAGCCGGGCAUCAUGUCUACAAGUUUAAGAUCAGGAGCGGCAGCAAGUGCAGGACUGAUGAGAGGGUUGACAAUGAAUGCAUCUCCCAGGAGCUGGAGGUUGCCAUUCGGGUCGUGUUGGCAAAUCUGGACUCCCUCCAGCCCUUUGCCACCAAGCACUUCAACAUCUUCCCCUAUAAGAGCAGGUGGGAGAAGGUGUCAGAGCUGCACUUCCAGCAGGGCAAGCGGAUGCUGGCAGCGUACCCCUUCCUGCUGAUGCUCUACCUAGAGACCCGCGACACCCCCCACAUGCUCCCGGAUGUAUGCUCGCCCUUGCCCUUGCCCUCGCUCUCUUGUCCCAAGCAGAAUACCCUUUGCUUUUCCUCUACCCCAGAGGAACGGCCUCUGCGCCGGGCAGUGGUGAGUACAGUGGAACAAGAUCAGCCCCUUCUGUCUCACAGCCUGGCCUGUCUGCCCAAGAGCAGUAGCACAGAGCAGCCACCAGGGAGCUCUCCAACUCAGCACAGGUGCACCACCGGUCUGGAGCUGCCACACAGUGCCAGCCAAGCAGAAGUGAUGGAGGGAGACAGGAGGGUAGGUCCCCCUCCCUGCCACACAAAGCGCCAGCCGAAGGAACGUCACCCUGAGUUAGUGCUGCACGUCCUCACCUCCACUCAGUUGCAAGCACAUUCAGAGCCGUCUCACUCCAGCCCAGCCAACAGCAGCGUGACCCAGCAGGAGGGGCCAGGGGCCACAGGGGGGUCGGGCGAGCCAGGGGGUCAUCAUUGCCAAGCCAAACAUGGUGACCCCGAAGAACCCACCCCCUGUACUGGGGAGACAGGCAGUCCAGGUGUGCUGUCCUACAUGGCCAGGAAGGUGUUUGCACUCUUGUUUUUCCUCGGAAGUUGGAAGAAAUAG